GAGACUCACCAGAGUAGAACACUGUGGGACAUAGAAAGAGCUAUUACCCCCUCUGACUCCAACACGGAGAGACUCACUCAUUUCCCCCCACUCUCAACAGCUGAGUUCUACUAGACUGGACUGGACUCUCUCUCUCUCUCUUCUCUGGAUACCUUUUAUUCUUCACAAAAAAAUGGAGAUUUCUGUCAAGGAUAUGAAGAAACCAAGAUCAGUGUUCAGCAAUAUAAAGUUGUUUGUGCUGUGUCAUGGCCUGCUGCAGCUCACCCAGCUCCUCUACAGCUCCUAUUUUAAGAGCACCAUCACCACCAUCGAGAGACGCUUCGGCCUCAGUAGCUUCUCCUCCGGCACCGUCUCCUCUCUGCACGAGGCGGGGAACACAGCUCUGAUAGUGUUUGUGAGUUACCUGGGCAGCAGGGUCCAUCGUCCUCGUCUCAUUGGACUGGGUGGUCUGCUGAUGUCCAUCAGUGCUCUGAUCCUGGCCUUACCUCACUUCCUGUCCCAGUCCUAUGUGUUCGACUCUGUCAUACAUGAUCGCCAAGACCUGUGUUCCCUCCAGGGUACCUCCAACAUGACAGAGGCCUGUGGGAAGACAGAGAUCAAGCGUAUAGCAGACACCAACAACUUGUGGCUGCUCAUGGCUAUAGCUCAGCUGCUGUUCGGGGUGGGAUCUGUUCCCAUACAACCCUUUGGUAUCUCUUAUGUGGAUGACUUCGCCGGACGAGGCAACUCCCCCCUCUACAUAGCCAUCCUGUUUGCUGUGUCUGUGUUUGGACCUGCCUUCGGCUUCCUGCUGGGCUCCGUCAUGCUGAGGAUCUAUGUGGACGUGGACAAAACCGGCUCAUUCACCAACGCUGAGCUGGCCCCUACAGACCCUCGCUGGGUGGGUGCGUGGUGGAUGGGCCUCCUCGUCUCCUCUGCCAGCCUAGCCCUGACCUCUGUGCCAUACUUCUUCUUUCCUCGCAGCAUGCCGCUGGAAGACGAGGUAACUGGGACUGAAACUGACAUUCUGAAUGAAGGCUCCGAAAAGCCUGAGAUCUCACUGGUUGAUUUCCUUAAGAUGUUCCCCAGGCUGUUUGUCCGUCUGCUCCUCAGUCCUCUGUUCCUGCUGUUGGUUCUGUCUCAGUGCUGUUUCUCUUCAGUCAUCGCUGGCCUCGCCACCUUCCUCAACAAGUUUCUGGAGAGACAGUACAGCACGACUGCCGCUUACAGCAGCCUCCUCAUAGGUGCGGUGAACCUUCCUUCUGUUGCCGUGGGGAUGCUGGUGGGCGGGAUCAUCAUGAAGAGAAUGGGUCUCUCUCUUAAGGCCAUCCCUCGUUUCUCUGUCGUCAUGCUGUCCAUCUCUGUUCUCCUCCUCAUCCCCCUCUUCUUCAUGGGCUGUCCCACACAGAGGGUGAAAGAGGUCAACUAUGAAUUCCAAGGGUCUCUGGCCAAUUGUUAUUCCAACUGCUCCUGUCCUGUUAACGCCUUCAACCCAGUGUGUGGAGCUGACGACAUCGAGUACCUGUCACCCUGCCACGCAGGCUGCAAAGAGUACACCAAAGACCCCAACAACAGAUUCAGGGUUCUGGAGUACACAGACUGUAUCUGUACAGCUCACAGCCAGGGUAGCGGUGGGGGUACUGCUCGCCCCGGCCCCUGCCCCAACCAAUGUCCUCACUUCCUGCUUCCUGUCAUGUUCCUCAUCUCUCUGGCCGCGAUGAUCGCCUCCCUAACACACAAUCCUAUCUAUAUGAUGGUCCUCAGAACUGUUCCCCACGAAGAGAAAUCCUUUGCCAUAGGAGUCCAGUUUCUGCUCUUGAGAGUGCUUGCCUGGUUACCGGCCCCAGCCCUGUUCGGCAUGACCAUCGACAGCUCCUGUAUCUGGUGGAAACGUAUCUGUGGCAACCGGCUGGGCUGUGGUUACUAUGACAAUAACAUCCUGAGAAACAGGUACCUGGGUCUGCAGGUGGGCUUCAAGAUGAUGGGGAUCUUCCUGCUUGGGCUGGUUGGAUGGAAGGUCCAGAGGACCAGGGAGUACAACCUGGGGAAACGGCCUGACGGACCACUGUGAUCUGGGAUACGUCUGACCGCCUGGCUCCUUAACUCCUUCCUCCCUUUCCCGUCUCACACGAUAGAGACUGGCCACCGAGGACCACUUUUAAACCUCUCUGUCAUCGCACCGUGCUAUCCAAUCCACCACCUUACUACAAUCUAACCUGUCUCACAGGAGAGAAGAGACUCACCUGCCUCUGAGGUACACUGUGCCUUUCAACUGGUCUGCUAAUGCAGGGUCUGCUAAUGCAGGGUCUGCUAAUGCAGGGUCUGAAUACAACGGAGGGACUACUAUGACUCAACUCUGAGCAGCCAGCCCUAUUCCUAUAUAAGCGUCUCACAACCUCCCCCCAGUGGGCUUAGCUGGUUAUCUUAAUAUAUUUUUCCCACUGUGCUUUUCAACGGAGUGUACUGUGCUGUAUACUAGUAUAUCAACUGUAUACUAGUAUAUCAACUGUAUACUUGUGUAUCAACUGUAUACUUGUAUAUCAACUGUAUACUUGUAUAUCAACUGUAUACUUGUAUAUCAACUGUAUACUUGUAUAUCAACUGUAUACUAGUAUAUCAACUGUAUACUAGUAUAUCAACUGUAUACUAGUAUAUCAACUGUAUACUUGUAUAUCAACUGUAUACUUGUAUAUCAACUGUAUACUAGUAUAUCAACUGUAUACUUGUAUAUCAACUGUAUACUUGCUGUUAACCCAGGGAUGUUGUCCAUUCAGGUUUCAAGCUAACUUAAUAUCUGUAUUAGUUAUAGAUGUUUGUCUCUUACGCAGAGGCAUUUAGUGAGCAUUUAUAUAGAGUUUUAUACAACGAAUGGUAACUUUAUAAUCAUAUGAUAAACAUAUGACAUCCGCUUUAAUCACAAUAAUAUGCUAUGCAUCACAUAUCAAUUACACUGUUUAAAUUACUGUUCUCUUGUUGAAAUAGAUUUAUAAUACAAUAUUAUGCUAAGUUUAGAUUAUUUUCACUUAUGUGCCUUAUAUGCAACACCAAAUGAAUGUGAUUUAUGUAAAUAAUAAAUUGUUUGUUUUAUAUUGUACAA